UGUCCUUUUCGUCCUCUUCCCAAUCUCUCUCUUUUCCGCCCUCUGGAUUCGUCGCCUCUUCCCUCCCGUCGCCUCUGCGUGGUUUCCAGAAGGAGCUGGUGGUGGCUGCCUCCAAUCCGCGGCUCGCCGCGCCAAUCCGCGGUCAGCAAUGCUGCAGGAGUUCGUCGACAACGUCAUCGCCGUCACCAAGGAAUCUGUGAAGACAUUCACAUACGAGUCACUGAACAACAUCGCAAGGUUCAUAAAUGGAAUAUCAGCACUCUUAUUGACUCUAUUACCUGGAAAAGGCAACAUUUUAGAAGGGAUCAGUGGCUGGGAACUUAAGCCAGCUCUUCGUGGGCCACGUCUCCCUCGUUGGAUGGAAAGUGGGGUCUCUUCAUUUAAUCAGUUCAUCCAUGAACUUUCUGUUGAUUCUGAUACUGAAUCAGUUGCUGAUUCUAUCACUGGAGAUGAUGAUAAUGAAGAGUUUGUCUGCCCUCCCUCUCCAUUAUCCCAAAGUUCACGACUAUCACAUGCGAGCAGCUUCAGUAGACGUGAUCGCCGAUUGAGGAGGCAUAUCAUAUAUGCAGUUUCCUGGAUUCUUUGGCCAUUGAAAUUCUUCAUAUCUUUGUUACUUAUACUGUUCAAUGCCAUCAAGUAUCGGAUUGUAAGAUCAUUUGCUAAAAGUGCAGAAAGCCCUCAUCUUUCAAGAAAUAGUCCUGGAAAAAGAUCGUUUCAUAUAAGGGAUCAGUUUCUCCAACGCACAACUGAUAGGAGGCGUGGAGUUUUUGAGGAUCUCCAUCUGGCAAUUGAGAUUUUCAUUGAAUCAGUCUUUGACAUUGUUCACAAAGGAGCACAUUAUAUUCUCUCUCCUACAGAAGUGUGGCAGAAGUUAUUUUGCUGGAUUCAUGGAAGCGGCCGUGACAAUAGUCCUGUUGUUGAUGUACCAACAGCUAAUGUUGGCAGUGAUAAUCCAAUUCCAACUGAGAGGAAAACUGUGUAUCGUCAUUCUUUGAAUACAGAUUCCCGAACAUGUGAGGAUGUUAUUACUGAGCUUGGUUAUCCAUUUGAGGCUAUAAAGGUUGUUACUUCAGAUGGGUAUGUUCUAUUAUUGGAGAGAAUUCCAAGGCGUGAUUCACGGAAGGUUGUCUUGUUACAACAUGGAAUACUGGACUCGUCUAUGGGUUGGGUGUCUAAUGGUGUUGUUGGCUCGCCAGCAUUUGCAGCUUAUGAUCAAGGUUAUGAUGUUUUUCUUGGAAAUCUUCGAGGCUUGGUCUCAAGAGAGCAUAUAGAUAAAAGUAUUUCUUCUUACAAAUACUGGAAGUAUUCUGUUAACGAGCAUGGAACAAAAGAUAUGCCUGCAAUAAUUGAGGAAAUCCACAAGAUUAAAAUUUCAGAACUUGGCACAAGUCAGCCUUUAUCAGGACAGGAGACAGAAGAUCAAAAUGAUAAGAUAAAAAAAUUGGAAGUACACACUUCGCAGGAAGACAGUGCAGAAGAUCAACCUUACAAGCUUUGUGCUGUAUGCCACAGCUUGGGAGGUGCAGUUAUGUUGAUGUAUGUGGUGACGUCAAGGAUCGCACAGAAGCCCCAUAGGUUGUCGAGACUAGUCCUGCUAUCUCCUGCAGGUUUCCAUGAGGAUUCGAAUGUGGUGUUCAGUAUGGUGGAGAAGCUCAUUCUGUUUGUUGGUCCAAUACUUGCACCGAUAAUACCUGGCCUUUACAUACCAACUCGAUUCUUUAGGAUGCUUCUGAACAAAUUAGCUAGGGAUUUCCAUAACUAUCCAGCUUUGGGUGGACUCGUCCAAACCCUUAUGGGUUAUGUUGUUGGUGGUGACAGUUCAAAUUGGGUGGGAGUACUCGGUCUGCCCCACUACAACAUGGAUGACAUGCCUGGUGUAUCAUUUCAUGUGGCACUUCACCUUGCCCAGAUAAAGAGGGCAAAGAAGUUCCAAAUGUAUGACUAUGGCAGCCCUGCAGCAAAUAUUGAAGCGUAUGGAACCCCAGAGCCAUUGGACCUGGGAGCACACUAUGCUCUCAUUGACAUCCCUAUGGAUUUGGUCGCUGGGCAGAGGGACAGAGUUAUCUCACCAUCCAUGGUAAAGAAGCACUACAAGCUGAUGCGGAAAUCUGGAGUGGAGGUCUCAUAUAAUGAAUUUGAGUAUGCUCACUUGGAUUUCACAUUCUCGCAUAGGGAGGAGCUUUUGUCCUAUGUUAUGUCCCGCCUACUUUUAGUAACUGAUCCAGGUAAAGCCCACAUCAAGCAGACUAGUUUGCGCCUCAGGAAGCCGAAGAAAGUUCAGUCAGAAAUCGAGGAGAACGUGGAGUGUAGAGCCAAGGAGGAAGCGGAUGAAUUAUCUCGAUGUGCCUGAUGUGCAGUGCAGGUUGAGGGUAUGUUGUAUGUAAGUUUGUGAAUAGGAUACUCGACCCAUCUCUAUACCUUCUACAUCGUGUGGAAGAUCUGGGGAUGAAUGGUUUUCUGCUUCUAGUGGUUGUGUUCAUGGGGAUCAAUUUUUUGUAUCCCUGUAGGAAACAGUAGAGCUAAACAUGCAUAGCCUCUUUAGUGCUGUUGCUGUACUGCUGUUUUUAAAGGAUACCGAGAAAAAGAACAUGGCUAAGGAGCAGAUUGUUGUACUUGGCGAGUGCUCUGUAGUUUUGAGACUUUUCUUUCGAGAAUUGUCCGGAUGUUCUGAAUGCUAUUUUGUGGCAAUCGAUCACACAAAACCGUUCCAAGAAUGUUGAAGUCUUGAAAUA